AUGUCCCUUAAACCAUAUCAACGAGAAUUUAUAGAAUUUGCCAUUUCACAAGAAAUUUUAAGUUUCGGAUCUUUUACAUUAAAAUCUGGUCGUAAAAGUCCAUACUUUUUAAAUGCUGGUAAAUUCAAUAAAGGUAGUGCAUUAUCCCAAAUCGGUAAAUUCUACGCAGACACUUUACAAGAUGCAAAACAUCUAGAUUUUGAUGUAGUUUUUGGUCCUGCUUAUAAAGGUAUUCCAUUAGCUUCUUCAACAGUUAUCGCUUUAUUUAAACAUUACGACAAGGACGUUCCGUAUUCGUUUAAUAGAAAAGAGAUUAAGGAUCAUGGAGAAGGUGGAAAUAUUGUUGGAGCUCCAUUAGAAGGAAAUAUUUUAAUAAUUGAUGAUGUUAUUACGGCAGGAACAGCGAUUAGGGAAUGUUUGAAAAUUAUUAAAGAGAAUGGUGCAACUCCAGUUGGUAUUAUUAUUGCUGUGGACAGGCAAGAGCGAGGAACGGGUGAAGUUUCAGCUGUUCAACAAAUUGAAAAAGAAUACGGUAUUCCUGUGAUGUCUAUCGUUAAUUUGGAACUGAUCAUUGAGUUUCUUAAUGAACGGGGCGGGUACGAUGAACAUUUGUCAAAUAUGAAAGAAUAUAGAGACAU